AUGAAACAUAAUUUUGCCCGUUUAUUUGUGAUUGGUUCGACUGUUCUGCUGUUUGUGGUAGUGUUGGCACUCUCAGCCCUGGCAGGAAACGCCAACGCCAAAGCUGGUGUCUUUGACCAGACAAUUGGUGAAGUGUCAGCAAAAUAUGAUACCAAUAUUACACCUGCCAGCGCAACAUUUGCCAUCUGGGGAAUCAUCUACAUGUGGCAAGUUCUCUGGUUGCUCUACGGGAUCAUACAAAUAUGUCGGUCUCACUUACAAAAUUACUUGUACAUCUUCCCACCCACACUACCAACAGGCCUGUACCUGAGUUUUGCAUUUAAUAAUAUCUGUGUUAUUAUCUGGCUCUUUGUGUGGACAAAAGAAAUCAUGAUUGCUGCUUUGGUCUUUCUGGUUCUGGCCACUUUCUCUCUCUAUGUUGCUUUGUAUUUUUCAUUUUCAACACUCUACAAAUUCCUUGGAUUGCUGUACAAGGAAGAACUAAAUGCAGAUGUUUGGCUUGUCCGAAUCCUUGUCCAAAAUGGCAUUGCAUUUUAUGCAACAUGGAUCAGCAUUGCAUCUUUACUGAACUUGAACAUUACUUUGUCUGAUUUUCUUUUUCACACUUCUCUUUCUUUCUUAAACAUAAAACAAACUUUCUCUCUAGAUCUCCUCGACUAUCACUUCUCUCUCUUCCUUAUCAUUUGUCUCUCUCUUUUCUCUCUCUUCCUUAUCAUUUGUCUCUCUCUUUUCUCUCUCUUCCUUAUCAUUUGUCUUUUUCUUUCUCUCUCUUCUUGUCAUCUUUUCUCUCUUCCUUGUCAUUUGUCUCUCUCUUUUCUCUCUCUUCCUUAUCAUUUGUCUCGACUCUCUUUUUCUCUCUCUUCUUUCUUGUCACUUGUCUCUCUCUUUCUCUCUUCUCUCUUCUUCCUUGUCAUUUGUCUCUCUCUUUUCUCUCUCUUCCUUGUCAUUUGUCUCUCUCUUUUCACUCUCUUCCUUAUCAUUUGUCUCUUUUCUCUCUCUUUCUUGUCACUUGUCUCUCUCUUUCUCUCUCUUCCUUGUCUCGAUCUUUUCUCUCUCUUCCUUGUCAUUUGUCUCUCUCUUUUCUCUCUCUUCUUUAUCACUUGUCUCUCUCUUUUCUCUCUUCCUUAUAACUUGUCGGUUUUAGAGAUGCAUGGUCAAGAAAUUUAUUAA